AUGGACUACGUCCUCUUCAGCGUCUUGGCCGUCUGCUUGGUGGCAACCACUGCCCUCUUCUUCACCCGGGCCCACUGGCGACACCACGUCCCCGACGUCCGACUGCCCGGCGCAGGCUACAUCUAUUCUCGGCUACCUAGCAGCUUCGCCGGCGACAUCGAUGCCGGUCUGUCCAGCAGCCAUUUCGAUCUUACGGGCAACGUGGAAUCCGGCGACAGCCGCGCGGGGCUUGACGACGCUAGCAAGGCUGAGAUUCUCAACAUCAUGAAGAAGAAGAGGAUGACUUUUGACCAGGCCAGAAAGGCCUAUAUGGAAAGCCGGUUCAAAGCAAACGGUAUCGGUGCCGACGGACGUCCUAGGGAUCCGAAAUUUGUGAGCUUCUCCUGA